CAAAGUCACUUGGGUGAACUAAGCUGCUUGCUGCCAUAUGAUUGGCCAACUCCCCUUAAAAGACAGUUGAAUAGCUGUACCUAAUAAAAUGUCUGGUGUAGUAAAGGCAAACCGUAUGAACAUGUUCAGGAGAUUAAAGUGCUGUGCGACAGUACAGGACGUAAGUUACUACGUGCGAUAAACCCGACAGUCCUGACUCGAUCUAUGACGUCAAACCUCUGCGCCGACCACGUGGGAAGGUUUUUUUUUGCUGAGGUAGCAAAACAUCCGCAGUGCCGCUCGCUGGUCUGUCAGCGAGUAUGAAAACAACUUUAUUUUCUUCAUUUCUGACGUGAAACAAUCUGAAGAGAGGGUCCUCGGCGGUUUCGCUCCCACAGUCACUUUUUCCAGAACAUGCCUCACGACCCCGACCCUCCUCCGGCUAAAAAAUUUAAGCCGGGAUCCGUGUUUUUCCGCCUCGAUAAGAACAAGCCUGGAAUGCUGCUGCCUAGAAAGGGAAAUGCGACCACUCCGAUAGACGUCCAGAGGAAGCAGCUUCCCAUCUAUCAAGCGAAGCCUCAGCUGCUGACCCAGCUGAGACAGCUGCACGGUGCGAUCCUCAUAGGUGAGACCGGCUCUGGGAAGACCACUCAGAUCCCUCAGUACUUGUACGAGGCCGGCAUCGGCCGGCUGGGCAUGAUCGCUGUCACUCAGCCCCGAAGAGUUGCUGCCAUCUCACUGGCAGGAAGGGUGGCAGAGGAGAAGAGGACUCAGCUGGGGAAGCUGGUCGGUUACACGGUGCGUUUCGAGGAUGUCACCUCCCCUGAGACGAAACUGAAGUUCAUGACUGAUGGUAUGCUCCUGCGCGAGGCCAUCGGAGACCCCCUGCUGCUGCGCUACACUGUGGUGGUCCUGGAUGAAGCUCAUGAGCGCACUGUGCACACCGACGUGCUCUUUGGCGUGGUUAAGACGGCUCAGCGCAGGCGCAAGGAGCUUAACAAGAUUCCCUUGAAGGUUAUAGUGAUGUCAGCCACGAUGGAUGUGGAUCUGUUCUCUGAGUACUUCAACAAGUCCCCCGUGUUGUACUUGGAGGGCAGACAGCACCCCAUCCAGAUCUACUACACCAAACAGCCACAGUCAGACUACCUGCAGGCUGCUCUUGUCUCUAUCUUCCAGAUCCAUCAGGAGGCUCCUUCAUCACACGACAUCUUAGUCUUCAUGACGGGCCAGGAGGAGAUUGAGGCACUGGCGAGGACGUGUCGGGACAUCGCCAAGCAUCUGCCUGAUGGCUGUGGGCCCAUGGUAGUUAUCCCACUAUAUGCAUCUCUGCCCCCAACACAGCAGCUCAGGGUCUUCCUGCCAGCUCCAAAGGGCUGUAGGAAAGUCAUUCUCUCGACAAACAUCGCCGAGACAUCAGUUACAAUCUCUGGGAUCAAAUACGUCAUAGACACGGGGAUGGUGAAGGCCAAACGUUUCAAUCCGGACAGCGGCCUGGAGGUGUUGGCAGUGCAGCGCGUUUCCAAAGCGCAGGCGUGGCAGCGAGCAGGCCGGGCUGGCAGGGAGGACUCUGGCUUCUGCUAUCGUCUCUACACCGAGCAGGAAUUUGACAACCUCAUCCCGAUGACUGUUCCUGAGAUUCAGAGGUGUAACUUGGCAGGUGUGAUGCUGCAGCUCAUGGCUCUGGGGAUUCCAGACGUGACAAAUUUUGAUUUCAUGUCCAAACCUUCUCCAGAGGCCAUCCGUUCUGCUGUGGAUCAUUUGGAGCUGUUGGGAGCUGUGGAAAAGAAGGACGGGCAGGUUUUCCUCACCACUCUGGGAAAGAAGAUGGCGAGCUUCCCUCUGGAGCCCAGAUAUGCCAAAACCAUCCUGCUGUCCCCGGACUACUCGUGUUCUGAGGAGAUUUUGAGCAUCGUGUCGCUGCUGUCUGUGGACACCGUGCUGUACAACCCUCCGGCCCGGCGGGACGACGUGCUUGCAGUGCGCAAGAAGUUCAUGUCCAGUGAAGGAGACCACAUGACACUGCUAAACAUUUACAGAGCGUUCAAGAAAGUCAGCGGUAACAAGGAGUGGUGUCGGGAGAACUUUGUCAACAGCAGGAACAUGGGUCUAGUGAAAGAAGUCCAGGCACAACUUAAAGAAAUCUGCCUUAAGCUGAACCUGAAACUGGAAUCGUGUGGAGCAGACACGGCGAGCGUUCGCCGCUGCCUUGCCCACGGGAUGUUUGUCAACGCUGCAGAGCUGCAGCCCGAUGGCAGCUACUUGGCUCUAGACACCCACCAGCCCGUGGCCAUCCACCCGUCCUCCGUCCUUUUCCAGGCCAAGCCGGCAUACGUAGUCUUCAACGAGCUGCUGCACACCUCCCGCUGCUACAUGAGAGACCUCUGUUUGGUCGAUGCCGACUGGCUGCUGGAUGCAGCGCCCGAGUACUUUGGCCGCAAGCUCCACCUCAACAAGAGCUAACCAACAAAGAAACAGGCCACCUGCCACAAACACACUUAUUGCAAGUUGGUGCAGAACGUUUGCUGUGUCGUAAACUACUCUGGAUUUCACUACCUCCCAGUUGACAAGCAUUGGGCAUCUGUCACUGAAGCAGAAGUCUGCAUAUCGAAGUUUGACUUCCUCUGGACUGUCAUUCCGAUUUUACGAGCUGUAAUUUCUUCUUGUCAUCAUUUAGCCACACGGUUGGCCUGAAAAGCCAGUUUGCUUUGAAGUGUCUUGCUUUGAUUCUUUCAGUAGUUGCAUGCAUUUAUACAGCACAGGUAACCUCAGAGGAGCACAGCAUGGGGCUGUUUUCCACCAUGUUGUUCUUCUUCAUUGCUACCAAAUAGCCAUCAAAACGCUCCAGCAGACGGAUUAGUGGCUGCGAGUCCAAAAUAUGAGCUUUUCCGAAGCUAAGAAAAGCACUCUGAUUGUUUUGGGUUUACAUGAAGUGGUCUUACAGGGGUUUCUUUAUGCAAUCAAAGUAGAUUUGUUUUACUCUACUUUCAGCUGUUCCCUUAUUCACAAGAAAACAUGAAAAACAAAUGCAGUGUGUCACACUGACAUGGUUUCACUUAUACAGCACUAGCCUCGUUAGCUCGUGCAUGCUCCUUUUCCCAUCUGCAGUCAUGUCACCGUCUCUUCCCCAAAUACACGCACGUCAGGAGAAGUAGCAUGCCUUCCUCUCCAGGUUCUGCUCAUUGCUGUUUGUCGCGCAGAUCCCCACACAGUUGCCAGACGUACCUGCUAACAGCAGACAUGUGCAGUGCACGGAGAAUCUGUUCAGCGAUCUGAUCACUCGGCUCCGUCACGCUUUGUAGAAUGUAAAUGACGUUGUGUUGAUGAUGGAGCGUCCUCUUGUCUUUUUUUUACACAUUGGACUCAGGACUGUAAAAUAUAACCUGAAUAAAGUAUACAGUUUCUAACUUUGUAGUCAAACGCUGAAUGCUUUAGAGAAUUAUCAAAAGUUGAGCCAUUUCUGAUCUGCAUGAAGUUUAUUGUAACGAAUGCACGCCUGCCAGGGCUCAUCUAUGAGCGUGGAUCAUCUGAUCCUAAUACAUGCCCAUGUUUGUUACAUAUUCUAAUAAAAACAAAUCCACCUGA